UGACGGGAAGGAUGUUCUCGUGUAACUCUGUCUGCCCGCCUGCUUGCCUAAAUGCGCGCGUGCAACACGGGAGUUGGAGGACGUGGUUCACACGUAGUGGUGUUUUUCCAGGAAGGGGAGAAUGAAGCGAUUCAUUUCACGAAUCUGAGGAAAGUUUGGCUGUUUGGAACUCAAGAAAAUUUAAAAAAAAAAAGAUUGAAUAGUUUACAGUACCACUGAAGGCAGAAGAAGUCAGUGCACGAGAUUGAGCCACUCUUAGUCAUGUGAGGAAAAUAGAAAUCAUCUGAAUGCCUCUGUCCUGUUUGAAGCUGAUUGCACGACCUUUUUUGCAAGCACCACCCUUGAUUGUUCAGCCUUUGCGCUUCAUCAUGGAUCUGAAAGACCUUGUUACUUCUUUAAAUGAUUUUGCUUCACUUUCCCUGGCUGAAAGUUGGGAUAAUGUGGGGCUCUUGGUUGAACCAAGUCCUCCUCAUAUUGUCAAUACCCUUUUUCUCACCAAUGAUUUAACUGAAGAUGUGAUGCAGGAAGCCCUAGAGAAGAAAGCAAAUCUCAUUCUUUCUUAUCACCCUCCCAUUUUCCACCCACUGAAACGUAUAACGUGGAAAACAUGGAAGGAGCGUCUGGUAAUUCGAGCCUUGGAAAACAGAGUUGGCAUUUAUUCUCCUCACACAGCAUAUGAUGCUAUACCUAAUGGAGUCAAUGACUGGCUUGCUACAGGACUGGGCGCUUGUACUUCUGUUCCUCUGAAACCGGCUACAGCUUCCACUUACCCUGUAGGUGGGCCUUUCCGGGUUGAAUUCAGUGUAUCCUCUGCUGAAAGUCUGGAAAUGGUUUUAUCCCAAGUCCAUCGGAUGCCAGAGGUGUCACUCAUUGCAACUCAACCUGCCAGAAUUGAAGGAGAAGAACAAACACGUGUCAGCUUGAACUGUUCUCAGCUAGCUUUGUUGCAAGUGGUGGCCUUGCUUUCCCAGAAGAGCCUGCUGUAUCAAACAACUGAAAUCGUAUCACUACAGAAGCCUCUGCUUGCCGAUACCGGAAUGGGACGUUUAUGUACAUUGCAUGAACCGGCCUCUGUUUCUCUCUUGAUUGAACGAUUGAAAAGUCACUUAAAACUGUCUCAUAUUCGUCUAGCUCUUGGAGCAGGGAAAUCUUUGGAGUCCUCAGUGAAGGCAGUUGCUCUUUGUGCUGGUUCAGGAGCAAGUAUUUUACAAGACACAGAAAGUGAUCUCUAUGUUACCGGAGAGAUGUCCCACCACGAGGUACUAAAUGCUGUUUCCAGAGGGAUUUCCGUGAUUUUGUGUGAGCACAGUAACACUGAACGAGGCUUUCUGUUAAAGCUGCAACAAAUGCUAGCUGUGCAUUUUAUGAAUAAGAUCAAUAUCAUCAUUUCUGAAAGAGAUAGAGACCCUCUUCAAGUUGCAUAAAAGAAGCAAAUGUUGAGAAGUAAUUGCAGGGGUCUCCAACCCCCGGUCCAUGGACCAGUACCGGUCUGCAGCAUGCCAGCACGA